CAAGGAGCACGAUAGAUAUAAGGAAAACAAGCCACGAUGACUGGUCUGCUCUCGCUGGUCAACCUGCUCGUCCUCGCCUACUCCGUCUCUGGAGCGCCACUACCGCUUCAGGCUCUCGACGAGACGGCGGUGGUGGUGGAGAGUGGUAGUGGAGGUCUCGAUCGCGAUGCGGUAGACGCCAAGGCGCCUGGCGGGAAGGACAAUGACCUGCAGACGCCAGAUCUCGACAAGAGCAACGCUGUUCACGACCUCGCCGACGCCAAGCCGCCCGACGAGAAGAUUGCCUUGGUCGACGACCUCCUAAUCGCCGGAGCCGUGGGCAUGGCGGGCGGCGCACUGCUUGGCGGCGCAGCCUCUCGCCCGCAGGCUACGCAGGUCGUCUACGAAGCACCGCCGCAGCCGUGCCCGUACGGGCGGUACGCGCCUGCGUGCAAGAACUGGCCUGGCUAUUCUGGAGGGGCCUCAAACGGCCUCGGAUCCGACUACUACCACGGGCCGCACCACUACGGCCGCGCUCUCGACGCGGUGGUCGACGCCAAGCCGCCCGGUCUCGAUCGCGAUGCGGUAGACGCCAAGGCGCCUGGCGGGAAGGACAAUGACCUGCAGACGCCAGAUCUCGACAAGAGCAACGCUGUUCACGACCUCGCCGACGCCAAGCCGCCCGACGAGAAGAUUGCCUUGGUCGACGACCUCCUAAUCGCCGGAGCCGUGGGCAUGGCGGGCGGCGCACUGCUUGGCGGCGCAGCCUCUCGCCCGCAGGCUCAGGUCAUCUACGGGCCACCACCGCAGGCUCCGCCGUGCCCGAAUGGUCAGUUCCUCGCGUAUGUGGGUGACAGGCUGCGGUGUACGGAUCACUACCGCGCUUGAGGACAACACGCCUAGCACACACAUACUGUCUGACUGCAUACUGACACACACACACACACACACACACACACACACACACACACACACACACACACACACACACACACACACACACACACACACACACACACACACACACACACACACACACACACACGGUCGACCGCACACGUUUUCGGCUUGUGUGCAGUGUCCAGUGAGAGUGAGUUGUUUUUCGGUCAUAUCUGGGCGAGGUGUUGAGACUUCGACGGUUAUGUGUGUGCUGUGUGCACAAAUGUGGCGCGCUACGAAGUAAAGAACCCUUCAGCAGCUCA